AUGGUACCACAUAAAACUACGAUCCCUGUGGAUGUCUACUGUAGACAAAUUAAAUCUGUUGCCGCUGCAUUUCAUGGUAAAAAAGACCGGGUCUUCUUCAUUCAUGACAAUGCUCGCGCCUAUGUGAUAAUGUUGACCCAACACAAGCUGAAAAGUUUCGGCUGGACUGAGAUGCCCCAUGCGCUGUACUCCACUGAUGUUGUGCCUUCAGAUUAUGAUAUGUUCCACUUUCUUCAAAACCAUCUGAAUGCAAUACGCUUUGACAACCGAGACGACCUCAAGCGAUGGUGGACUAACUUUUUCAAUUCUAAAACUCCAGGUUUCUACAGAAGUUGA